GCUAAGGAUGAAAUUCAUAAGCAAAGUAUAAAAAGGAACAUGGAAAACAUAAAAUGGAAAGGACUGCUAGGAAUUUUAUUUCUUAUGAAUGGUGUUGUCAUUCUGAUAUGGACCUAUUCAAGCUGGCAUCCUAAUUACAUACUGAUUUCACCAUUUUAUAAUAAACUGAGAAUUCCAGAGACUUUAAAUUUAAUAACGCCCAUCAAAGACUCAAAACACUUCAUGGUGUCUGCAUACAUCGACCACAGAAUUGAUGAGACGAUUCGAGUCAUCAGCAUAAUCAACAGAGAAAGUCUUCAGCCACUCUACUGCGUUUACUGCAAUACUAAACAUGAAUGUACAACUGUUGAGACUGAUGUCCAAAUACACAGUGACCAUUUUGGGUUCCCAUUUCAUGUGUCGGAUGUGAUCUGUAAAGGUAAACACUUGCAGAAUGCAACACAUGUCCUCAUCUCAACUAAUGAUUCAGUCAAUCAAACUACAGAGUUUUUACCAAUAAGAAAUCGUGUAAUGAGUGAGACCUUCAAGUAUAACUUCACAGUUUGCAUCUCCAACCUUUUUGGUGACUACAACAAUGUGCUGGAGUUUGCUCAAACUAUAGAGAUGUACAAACUUCUGGGCGUUCAGCGAGUGGUCAUCUAUAACACUAGCUGUGGACCGGACCUGGAAAAACUUUUAAAGCAUUAUGAAAGAGAGGGGACACUGGAGAUUGUUUCUUGGCCAAUCGACGAGUUUUUAAAUCCAUCUUCAGGUUGGAAUUCAACAAAACACAAGGGUGACCUUCAUUAUUAUGGUCAGUUAACAACACUUAAUGAGUGCAUUUACAGACACAUGUAUCAAUCCAAGUAUGUUCUCCUGAAUGACAUCGAUGAGAUCAUCAUGCCUUACAAAUAUGACAAUUUACCAUCUCUUAUGAAGAACCUUCAAGCUGCACAUCCCAAUGUGGGUUUGUUUCUUAUUGAGAACCACAUAUUCCCCAAAACACAGUUUGAUGACAGUGGUCGCUUCAAACGGCAAGAAUGGAGUAAAAUUCCUGGUAUCAAUAUCAUGGAGCACAUUUAUAGAGAACCUGAACGAAAAAAUGUUACAAAUCCCACAAAGAUGAUUAUUAAUCCAAGGUUGGUGGAGCAAACCUCAGUGCAUUCCUCUUUAAGACACUUUGGAGAUACUUACAAUGUACCAUUUGAUGUUUGUCGGAUUGUACAUGUGAGGAAACGGCUGCAGGGGCAUCUUACCAAAGAUCAGCUGACUGUGGACAAAAGAUUGUGGGACUUUGAACAAGAACUGCUACCAAAUGUUGACAAUGCCCUGAAGCUUUCUGGUUUGUUAAUGCCUUAGUUAGCCUA